AUGGCUACGUCUGGCGUCCUUGCUCAAGGUCCCGUUGCGCCAAGGUCAUUCACCUUCGCAGCGAGCGCUUCCAGCCGCGCUGACCGACUUCAACUCAGACGUAAGUGCGUCCACGGGGUCGCAGCUGUCCGUGCGCCACUUGAACACGACACCCCCCGCCUGCGAGCACAACACAUACCGACUGGAGACCACUCGAGCUUGGCUCACGAACCUACAAAAGCGGCUGCCACCACCGUCUCAGGGGGCUCUCAGGCCCGAGUGGACGCAGUCAAUACCGCUGGGUUUUCUCAAGCCUUCGGAAAUGCCUAUGGAACCGACGUGACCUCUCCAUCGCCACUAAGAUUCGCGUAUACCGUGCAUCUGCCCGGUCUGUCCUUAUCUACGGUUGUGAAUGCUGGGCUGUGCGCGUGGAGGACAAGCGAAAACUGGAGGUAUUUGACCACCACUGCUUGAGGACCAUCCCUCGAGUGAAGUUCACCGACUUCGUCUCCAAUGCGCCAGUCCGCGCUCGCUGCGACAACAUCGCAAGGAUAGUUCAGGCCAUCCAAGAAAGACGGCUGAGAUGGUUCGGGCAUGUUCUUCGUCGUCCAUCUCAGGAGUUCAGUGUUACUGCCCUCGAUCCGGUACCGUUGCCCCAUUGGAGGCGUCGAAGAGGGGUCAGUUCAAAAUCUGGCUCGACACAGUUCGUCAAGACAUGGAGGGGAUUCUUGGACCUUCGGUAUUCGGUCUACGUCGUUGGCGAAGGGAAUGGGUUGAGCUGUCCAGAUCUGCUGCCGCGGAUCGUCGCGCACGUGGAGAGGUACAAUUCGGGACAUCAUCGAGGCCGGCUAGAUCAGGCAUGAUCGCAGCCGUAUCAAAUACAAGUAGUCAAUACCAUCCCUGGCUUCACCAGCUGUGACUGCCGCCUGAGAGGACAAUCCGUAUUUUUGUAUACAAUAAACCCUCCUUCUGCUGACUUCUGUCUUUUCCUGCAACUGGCCUGGCGAUUGUAGCGCUCAGAGUAAUGCACAUGCUGGUUAAACCCCAAAAUGACGCCACGAAAUGACGAAUCCCUUAUGCAAAUAAUGCUUGAAACGGCAGGACAAGGGAAUUAGAACCCCGUCUCAGUUGAGCACCACCUCUCGACAAAUCAACACACACCAAUUGGACACCAUUUCUGAUUGUCCCACAAACCUACAAAGGCGUCUGCCACCACUGUACCACGAACUCGCAGGCAUGACUGGACGCUCCGGUUUCGCCAGCAGCCACUGUCACCUGAAGUUCUGUACACUAUAAACCCCUCGUUCUGGUGGCUUCUGGUUUUUUCUACAAUUCUAAACUUGACAUGAUGAUUUGUAGCGCUCUGAGUAAACUCUCAUCGCUUAGAUACUAUAAGCUCGCCAAUAGCGAAACUACUUGCGGAACUAGACCUAUAUGAUUUACUCGCAAAGAAGCUGCGGCAAUUACCCCCCGCUUCCAGAAGUGAGUAUACAAAGACUUGGUGACAGCAGACUCCCAAAGUACGUCCACCGAAAAGAGUCUUAUGCACAAAUCAUCCUUAACUAUGAAAGCAACCACCCUGCAGCCCAUAAACGAAGCUGCGUCAGGAUUCUUCUCCAUCGGGCCUUCCGUCAAAGCAGCGUCGACAACCUACAUAAGAAAGAACUAGCGUAUUUACAUCGGCUAGUCCGGCCCAAUGGAUAUUCCACGAUCUUUGCGCAAAAUUGUCUCAGACCUCAGAGAACACCACAAAGCCUCGUUUAUAGUGGAGGAACAAUAACGGGAAAAUUUUAUUCUCUGCCUUACAUGCUAGGAAUUUCUGAAGCAACUUCCCGAUAACUAAAUCACCUUGACAUUCCCAUCGCUUACGAGUCCGCAUCCUCCCUAUGCUUAGCAUUAUGUCGAGUAAAGGACCGCAUAUCUAUUGAGCGAUGCUACUUACCGCAUCCCGUGCGCCAACUGCCCUUGUGUUUACGUUGGCCACACAAGCCGAGGUCUUGGUACUCGCAUCAACGAACAUAAACCAGCCAUUCACCGACGUGACCCCUUGUCAUUCGUGUUUGCGUACGCUCUUGACUGUGAUCAUCGUUUCCAUUUUGGGCGGUGAUAAAGUGAUCGUCAGGGCUAACACCAAACAGCCGCAAAAUUCCUCAAGGAAUGGCACUCUAAGACGUCAAGCAUCAGUAGCUCAGUAAGUCUGGCCACACGGCCCACUGACUUGCAUCCACGCCCUAAUAACAGCCGCUAAUCUAUGUUAGGCCAUGUGGGGUCUCAUUGCCUCACCAGCCCCUUUCCGAGACAUGGCGAACCACAACACCUGCGACAUCGGCGCACUGAUCCCUGCCCGCGUGACCUUUGUCCCCUUUGGGACCGGCUUAGUUGUAGCCGAGUCAGCGUGCCUGUUGACCUUCCUCACGUCAGCCGGCGGACUGAUCGGCUGUUGCUGUUCGUGUGAGUUGCUUUCAGCCUCGUGAGCGCAUCGGUGGGUCACGUGACCUCUGGCUGUCACCCCCCUCCCCCUGCUCUGCUCCGUGAACGUCGGCUCUGGAUUUCCCAUGUUCGCCUACCCUAGUGGAUCUGUCCGAACUGAUCCGAACCUUGUGCGUAAUAUCAGAUAGGCGAGACGCAGGUCAGUAGCUUGUUUUAUUGUGCCAGUCGAGGAGCAACUUUCGAACACCAGUCCGACCAUCUUCUCAAUGGCUCGGCCAAUCACCCUCGUUUUCUCUAAAGCGAAACUCUAGUCCAGCUGUUGUAUGUGGCUCGCCCUUGUGGCUCAUUGAUCGAACGCUGGAUCGGAUGCAGGUUGCUGAGGUGACAUGAACGUGCGCCUGGGCGUGCCAUCGGGUUUGUUAUGGGCACGCAGUCCAGAACUGCUGGUCUGGCCCUCGUAUUGGUCCAGCACAACCCGGCGUGGCCGGUUGCCCGAUGACAGUGGCCGAACACGACUCAACUAUACCCGUCUUCACUUCAGAGAUUUGUGCCAGUUCUCGUCGAUUCUAUGUAUUAUAGUUCUUGGCUUUCUUUGCUAAACAGGGGUCAUCCCGACGCCAUAACUUAAAGCCGGUUAUGUGGGGCAGUCAGACAAGGGCAUACUGACCCUCGCAUUGUAGGUGCUUUCGCACUAAAUUCCAGAGGCACCUAUUCCCGUGUCCUGACUUGAAUCCUAACCCUGACCCUCGUAACCCGGCGUGAGAUAUGAAAAAAAACAGGUUAAAUCAUACUGCUGUUCGGGUUCAACGAGUGAGACCAGCUGCAUCCGAAAGGAAGGCGGCACGCUUUGCUCAAAAAGUCGUUCUCGGGUAAGGCUAGUUGAAAGCUAACCGUUUUUGCUGUUAUUCCAACACUCACGGCGGUCACUUUGGAUGGAUUGGACUGGCCGGAUCUCUCUGGUGAUUCACACCUCGUGAGAGGUUCUUGAACUGCUUAGAGAUCCUGGAGACAGCGCCGGAGAGACCGACGAUGUAGUCUCUCGUGUGUUUGCUGCAAACCUACCCGGCUAUAUUCGAAUCAGUCCACUUUUCUGGGAAGACGGGCAUAAAUGACAGGGGACUGUUAUCUCUGCGUCGGGAUUGCAGCUUGACGCAAUCCCGCUUUUCACAGUUCACUCUCUCUAGUAUACCUAGUUCAUGAACACCCUGCCAGAUUUAAACAUCCUGACUUUUUUUCAAGUUCAUCCAGCAUCCCGGCGUCUGGGUCCGUUCAAAAUGACAGUGGUCGAGCUCCUCACAAAAAGUGCUUGCAUUUGAAUCCCGGGUUAUUCGAACCUAGAAUUAGGUAUUGCCGGCCGACAGCUACUUCUGGAAAUCGCGUUAAAGAUACCUCUUGCCAACAUCAUUAGAUCGUUAGCCGUUUUCAGUGUCGCCUCUACUUAUUCCACCACACAGCGAAGCAAAUCGAGGUGCUCCGAUUUUAACUCUAAUCAAGUAAAUAAAUCUCAGGGCCUAGCCGGAUGCAGCAAUAAGAGAUGGCAUGUUCGAAAGCGAAAGUUUUUCGGUAAAAUCUGACAAAAGUAAAUGUCCGGAGAUCCGAGCAACUCGGUUGUAUUCAAAAUUGUGCUUGGAAUAAAAGGUGUAAUCCGGGAGUCUUGCGGCAUGAACAGUGGGACAUGAAAUGACCAUUACUGACUCAGUCACCGUCAGUGGCCAGUCCCAGAUCGUACGCCUGAUGUUCGAAUCUCAUUUGGCUGCUUAUUGAGCAGUCUUCUCACCACUGCGCACUAACGGGCACGCGUCAUGUCAACUGAGACCGGAGGGGGACAUUCAGCCACAGAAGAGCAGUUUGCGCCAACCUGUCUUGACCAAUGGACGAAAAUGAGCAUUACCGCCAUGCCAUUGAGUCCAGACUCUACAUCCCCCACACAUCCGGUAGCAUGACGACUACAAUCAGUUAUUGAGGAUACUUGAAUGAUUUUUUAUCGCUUAUUUGGCGCCAACGACCGGCGGUAUUCCCAUUCACAGUUGCACCCCCGAGACUCGACUGUGGAGAGCAACGGAUAUCUGAAGAGAGUGGUGUCUGAUAUUUCGUACUUAUGCACAACUGCAAUUAGACGUACAUAAUGCAGCAAGCACAAAGUCCUUGCUCACGGUUUGGAGAAGGUGAUAUCAGAAACGUGCUUAUCUGUGACUUCCGUUUACUUCACACUUCAAUUUCACUAAUUCGCUUUUCUGCUAAAUUUCAGGGGCCAGAUAACGUCUGUGAAACUGUCUCCGAAUCUUCGUAAGAAGCCAAAGGUAAAGACAUUGCAUUGCUUUGAUUUUUUGGUCUUACUUGGUCUGCAAAUUAGCUUGAGUUCACGAUUUUGUGAAACUCGGGAUACGACUAAACCGGCCCUUGUCCUUCCGAGGAUUGUCGUUUUUUCUUAAAUUUCUCUGGAGACCGAUCCACACAAGUAAUUGCCCCACCCGCUAUGUGCCCGUACGAACACAGCCAUUUUCAGCGAAUUGUUGGCAUUUCCAGAUUGCGCAAGCUCGACUGGACAGAUCCCACCUAAGAGAGAUGGAUAGUAGUGCCAUAGCCGAAACCAUUCACAGACAUGAGGUUGUUCGUCAUUCCUGACAGGGUUGAAUUAACACCAGAGGAUGCGGUUAUAGAUCAGACCACGACCAGGUCAGGCUUUCUUAUAGGGAGUGCUGUUGUGGUCAAGGGUGCGUAGUUCUCAAAAGACGACUUUUCCAUCCAUACUUACUCAUCACACCAGAAGAAUGGGAACUAUAUAAGGUGAGUAAGCCAGACAGCUGUGGACGCAGGCGGAAGCGAGUGGGCAGUGGUUGCGUAGUUAUUUCAUGUACUGCAUGCAUUCAGCCCACUUUUGUUGCUAAUUGGGAUGCCGUCUGUUGCGGCCCAACAGGGAAAUCUGUCUCAAUCCGUAUACAUGAACAUUAGUUGGCGGUGAGAAGACGAGAUCAUCUGUUCCAGGUGGUUGUGCACACACUGGUCACUCGAGACGAAUCUGUAUGGACGAACAUUUGCAUUGUUGGCGACUGCCCAAUAAGGAAAGACCGCGAAUUCCAUGGAGGCAAUGCCCUCAGACGAGGCAUGCAUCAAUCACCAUAUCAAUUUAGAUGCCGCCUACAAAUUUCUCAGGGACCAAUGGAAGCGAGAGCAGCCAAUGCUGAGAGGAUAACGAGAUAACAUUGACGCAUAGUGGCUCAGGCUCCGGCCAUACAGAGCUUGUUUGCUUCUUGAAGCCAGUAGAUCGGUGUGCGCCCAUUCCUGACUGAAUAAAUACCCGAUCUGCAGCGAUAGAGAAAGACAGGUGGCGAGGCCCUGAUGAACUUCGGUUUAAUGAAGUGCUUAUGACCCAUCUGGUAAACCCCAGUGGUGGACCAACUGCACAAGGUGUGUCUGUGCGCAUGUUUGUGUUUCUGGUCUCGGCUGCUGGUUAGGGUUAUGGUUGGCUGAAUGAAGGCAAACAAGCCCAAAACGGUUCUAUAUCAAUCAACUCCCCAGACUCUGUUAGCUCCCCUCUGAUAUAUACAUACAGUGGCUAGUCAGUCUCAUGAAAUGUUUGCUGAAAGUCUGAAAGACGUUUUCGAUUAGGAGGGAUUACUUAGAGUGCUUUGUAAUGCUGAUUAUCACACAGAACAAUCUCGAGAUAUUUCAGCCAUGUCAGAAUAACAUUUUCUGGACGAGUUUCUUUCUGGCCGCCUGCAAAAACCACACUUAACUAGCAAGAUUUUUUGUAAUUUAUUUUCAAUGCCCGUAUGAAUUCAAAUACAAUUUAUAGAAAACAUGCAUAGGAAUAUCCCUUAUUGUACUCGUUCAGAAAGAAAUCAUGUUUUCUUCGAGUUUUGUAUUUGAAGAAGGGGCAUAUUUCGGUUCUGAGAAGGUUUCUAAUUAUGGAAAUUCUUAGGACUGAAAUGUUAAUUUAUUCAGUAUCUUAUCGUUCCAUUUAUCAACGCCACUUUCGAAGUAAACAACACAGUCCACAUCGAUUGCGGGGCGUUUCUAAACCCUAAGUGCAAGUGUACAAAUAUCCGAAAGUUGUAAAAGCUACUUUAACACAGGGAGAUACCACUUUUCCAGUUUAAUGUUUAUAGAAGGCAUAAUGUGCUACAAAGUGAACAAAAGAAGGCAUAUUUUGUGCGUAUCUUCUAUAAAAUUUCUAUCCGUCGUGCCUUUGGGCUCGAUUUGGAGCUCCGCAUCUAGUCGCAAUGUUCAGUCGGUCGCUACUUCCUAGAUAGCCGGUUCGAGGGGGUCUGCCCCAAGGCAGGGAAUAAACGCACCUGCCUACCGUAACCCAUAUAUAGAUAUAUGCAGAACGAGAUGACAGACAAGGAGAAGGGGGAUUUGGAUGGCAAUUUCUGGUUGAUGACGACUAGCCGGACAAAAAUAGCCAUUCCAAUCUCACUUGCCUUUAUCGGUUAUCUCGGUCUGCAUAUGUCUAUAUAUGUGUUAUUGUAGGAAGGUGUGUGAACUGAUCCAGUUACAAGACAUGCUCGUUGCCCUCUGCCUUGGGGUUCAAUCUCGAGCCGGCCGGUCCUAGUCACGAGCAUCUUCGUCAAGGCUAUCUACGAAGUAGUAACUGACUGGUGGGAAUGAACAUUGCGAUUUGGCUGUAAAAUUCAGCAUAAUCAUGUUAUGCAUGGCUUACACUGAAUUAGGACGUCGCCGAUUGACACUGAUAGUCAAAAUCCAUACCCCGCGUGGUUGUAGUAAGGUAACGAUAAUUGUAUUGGACGUAUAGUUAGUGACCUGAUCCCACUUAGUCGGACAUUUCGGGUGCACUCUGAAACUGAAAACGUGACCCUUCCAUGCAAAACUCACGGCGACACCCAGACAUGGCCCUUAUGAGAUCGGCAAAAUGCGUCAAUUCAGUCCCAAAGGCAUACCUGACCAACACUGCUAACUACAGUGAACUGUUGGUCGGAUCAUCGGUCGCCUGAGUCAACGACUUACUUAGGACAAACGCUAAAGAAUGGAUAGAUCGUGUAAACUGCCGAAAAUAAUCAUUUGAGCCACCAAUCGCAUACAUGGGUUGUUGAUUGACUUAUAACAGUCAAGGCUGAAAUAGCAGUCUGUAUUUUUGAACGAGCGCGGGGGCGGCCUGCAGUUUAGAGCUUUUAGGCAGACCAGAAAACCUAAAUUUAGUCGCGCCUUUGCUUUCCUCUAUGUGCAUAGGGUUGAGUGGUGGUUGGAGGCACUCGUUCUGUCUAACCAUAUGCUUUACAGCCGCCGCCACGGCUGUGGCCAUAUGAGGCGCGUUCUUGCAAGUAAGAAUGGUCUAAUUAACAUGAGUAGCGCCUACGUGCACGUCCACAUACCAAGGUUUUUGGUUGCUAAGCAACCGUAUCCCCUCGUGCACUGACGUACUCGGGUUGCCCUUUUAGGUCUGCUGUUAGGCUUGACAAGUGUUUACCAAAGUCGACGAGAUUGCACGACUGAUCACAGACCUACUCUGAUUUUGAUCUCUCCUGCGCGUACCUAAAUCAACGAUCGAUCAGAAAUCGACGCUAAGAGGGCCACUCCACCUGCCAAAGUCCGUUUGAACGUAAGGACGCAAGUGUUAUAUUCUCAGGACAACAAUAAGAUAAAGAAGACGGGAAGGUGGUGGUGGUGGUGGUGGUGGUGGUGGUGGUGGUGGUGGUGGUGGUGAGGAAAAAAUUGAGGUUUGAGCCAGGACUCAGUUGGUCCAAAGACCUAAGGCAACAAGCAUCCCCAGAUCACAGAGCUCUGCAAAAGCAUCCCUUGACGAGGGACACAAUGAAUGGGGUUUUCGAUGGGAAGUUGCAAAACGUAGGUCAACGCGCGUUUCUCACGUCCGCUGUUUAAGUUUACUCGUCUUCCAAAACUCCAUGCCUGCGACUGUUCCACCUAAUAGAGCUCUAUGUAGAUCCAAAACGGCAGCGAUGUUGGUUUCCAGUCAGAAUAAGACAUUGUAACAUGCCGCCCCCUGUGUCAACUUACACUUAUGGGUGCAGCGGACUCGUCGGUCACACAUGGAUACACCACAACACCAACCACCAAGGAAGUCCACCACACGGACGACACAUACGGUCCGGUAAAGCCACCCAUCAUCAAUUACAACAAAUAAACUACUUGUCUUGUUUAAUUUCCGAGUGGAUUAACGCGCGAACUUGGAGUAAAUUCUUCGAAACAGAUCUAUUCAAGCGCAGUCUGGAAUUUUAUAUGAAUAUUUGAACUGAAAUCCAUCAACUACUACGGAAUAACCGCGUCAAUAUUCAUAAACCGCCAACAGGCAGCCAGUAGAGCACGAUUGUGUAGUUAUUUACCAUACUGACAACGGGUAAACUAAUAUUACUGCUACUACUACAACUGCUACAAAUUGGGAUAGAUAAGUGAGCGUCGGUCGCGCGGUCAGUAAAGUUCCCCUGAUGGCCGCCUCCACGUCACUUCUUGUUGCGAAACGAGCGUGCAGAAGUGAAAAUCGCCUAUCUGUAAUGGACGGACCGAAUUCGUCCAUGGCACUACACGGAAUUACGUCGCUGAUUGACACUGGUAGCCGAAAUCCAUGCUCCAAAAACUACGAGAGAGCACUUUUCUAGAUCGUGACAAUCCCUACGCUUCAAAUUCGAUGUAGAAGUGGCGGUUACUCAGGCAAAUAGGUAGAGCAACUUUUUGAUUAAAUGAUACAACUCCUCUGCACUUAUGGCUUUAUAUUAAUUACCUAUUACGUGAAUCCCUUGUAGGAGAAGAAGGGCUUGGAAACGAUUGACCCGGUCGAGGCAGAAAUUGAGAAACUGAACAAACUGCUGGAGCUUGUCGGUUGA